AUGCCGUUAGAAGCGACGAUGAUGAUAAUCGACAAUUCCGAGUACAUGCGGAACGGGGACUACCAGCCUACACGCUUCGAAGCCCAGUCGGACGCUGUGAAUGUCAUUUUCCAGACCAAGACUGAUUCGAAUCCGGAGAGUACGAUUGGGGUUAUGACGAUGGCUGGACCUGGCCCCGAAGUCCUAGUAACCAACACCAAAGACCUCGGCCAAGUCCUGCAAGGCCUGCACCGCGCCUCCCUCAAAAUCGGGGGCGAAAUCGACAUCCCCACCGCCAUCGCCGUCGCCCAACUCGCCCUCAAACACCGCGAAAACAAGAACCUCCGCCAGCGCAUCAUGGUCUUCGUCGGCUCCCCCCUGCAAGGUGAAGCAGCGGACGAAAAGGCCAUGAUCCGUCUCGCGAAGAAGUUGAAGAAGAAUAAUGUGGCGGUGGAUAUGAUUUGUUUUGGGGAUGGGAUUGAGGAGGAGGGGCAGGGGUUGGGUGAGGGUGGAAGGAGUGUUUUGAAGACGUUUGUGGAGACUGUUAAUAGUAAUGAUAAUUCGCAUAUGGUAACGAUCCCCCCAGGCUCAGCGCUCCUCUCCGACUGCAUCAUGUCCUCCUCCGUCCUCGCAGCGGACAGAGGUGCACUGAUACCCGAAGAACUGCGGAUGGGCGAGGACGGUGCACCUGGCGGGUCAGGAGGCGCAGGUGGGUCCGGAGGCGACUUUGAAUUCGGCGUUGAUCCCAGUUUGGAUCCUGAGCUUGCAAUGGCUCUACGACUAUCGAUGCAAGAAGCGCAAGCACGCGAGGCGGCGGAGACGGCUGCUGCGUCUUCGUCAAAUGCUCAAGCUCAGUCAUCUUCAUCAUCUGCGCCUGCGGCUGCCGCCGCUGGUGGUGCUGCCGCCGGUGCUGCUGCUGCCGCUACGGCUGCAGCUUCAUCCACGGCAGACGAAGACACGGAGAUGGACCCCGAGCUCGCUAAAGCACUAGCCAUGUCCGAACAGAAGGAUGUGGAGAUGGAGGAUGAAGAGGAGGACGAAGAUGCGGCUAUUGCUAGGGCUAUCGAGAUGAGUAUGCAGGAGGAGGAAGAGGAUGAUAAGAAGAAGUCAUGA